AUGCUUAAAUCUGCCAAGGCCUUGGGCCUGAGAGGCUUUGCUAGGAAACUUUGUAUAUCUGACGAGGUCAGAAGUGCAUUGUCCCUUGGGAAACCAGUGGUGGCUCUUGAAUCAACUAUCAUUACACAUGGAUUGCCCUUUCCCCAAAACAUGCAAAUGGCCAAAAAUGCCGAGUCAAUAAUUAGGAAUAACCAUGCAGUUCCUGCUACCAUUGCAUUUAUGAAUGGCGUUCCGAAGGUCGGUCUAUCUCUUCAUGAAAUUGAGCAACUGGCUGGCUCAGCAGGAAGCCUCCCGAUAAACAAGGUGUCGCGACGCGACAUUGCCUAUACCAUGGCCAAUAACUUAUUUGGAGGCACCACCAUUUCUAGCACUAUGAUACUCGCACAUAUGGCUGGCAUCCAGAUUUUUGCAACAGGUGGUUUAGGCGGGGUGCAUAGGGGAGCCGAGGUUACAAUGGAUAUUAGCGCAGAUCUUGAGGAGCUGGGCAAAACACCUGUGGCAGUUGUUUGCGCUGGGCCGAAAGCUAUUCUUGAUAUUGAAAAGACGAUGGAGUUCCUAGAAACUAAAGGGUGUAUGGUAGCCACUUUGGGACCUCCUGGGGUCAAGGUCCCCGGGUUUUACUGUAGGGAAUCAAAUGUGACCUCCCCUUAUAGUUUCGAAACUUUCAAAGACGCAGCUCGAAUUAUCGAAAGUGGCCACCAGUUAGGGCUUGGCUCCGGGUCUUUGCUCUGCAUCCCACCCCCGCCGGAAGUGGCUCUGGAGGACUCGUUUAUCGAGGCUGUUAUCGAUAAAGCUUCUCAUAAAGCAGAGAAAAUGGGAAUUAAAGGUAAGCAGCUAACACCAUUCCUACUUUCCGAAAUUGCUCACAAAACCAAUGGGCUAUCUGUGAGUAGUAAUAUUGAUUUCGUUAUGAACAACGCUAAAGCUGGCUCCCAAAUAGCCUGUGAGCUUUCUAAAUUGCAGUCCCCAGAUAAGAAUCUUACAUAUUUCCAGCCUUCCGGAGUUUACGAUGGAAUCCAAGCAGAUGAACGUGUGAACUCUGAAAAACUGAAUAUCGCUGUUGUUGGCGCAAUUGCCCUGGAUACACACUGCUCAUCUUUAAAUGAGAUCCGUAUGGCUGAUUCAAACCCGGGAAAAAUUGGUUCAGCGAUAGGAGGCGUUGGCUACAAUGUGGCCUUGGCAGCCCAUUUAUCCAAUAGGUAUCAAAGUGUGUCCACAAGCUUGGUAUCAAGUUUGGGGAAUGACCUCUCUGGGUCGGCUAUUUGCGAAAAGAUGAAAUUGAAUUCAAAAACUAUUUACCGGGAUGAUAAGAAUCCAACCGCACAAUACCUAUCAGUUCACUCGAGUGGGGGCGAGCUUGUGGUAGCAUGCUCAGACAUGGACAUAAUUGCAAAACUGCCUCCAUCAUAUGUGUCCGACCGCUUAGAGAGCCUCGCCCCUAAAGUAGUGAUUGCAGAUGCAAAUGUCUCAGUUGAAGUCCUGAAUCUGCUGAUGGUGCUCCAGGAGAAAUUAGGAUACAAGCUAAUAUUUGAGCCAACUUCUGAUACGAAAGCCCGAAAGCUAAGCCAAUUGAGCAAUCUUAGCCCUUUUCCGGAUCAUAGGUUCUACACAAUCACGCCAACAGUGUCAGAGCUUGAGAGCAUAUUUGAGGCCUUCAAGGAAGCAAACAAAUUUGACGUAAACAAGUGGUUUCCCGUUUUAGAUUCAUUGCAAAUUGACGCGGCCCUCAAGAAGCUUCGAUCCGGUGAAAACCCAGCCGUUAUGCAACAACUAACAAAGAAAGGUAUUUUACAGAUGGCCUGCUACCUGCUUCCCUAUUUUCCGAAUAUACUAAUUAAGGAUGGAGCAAAUGGACUUUUCCUUGUGACUGUCAAGGACUGUAUGUCCGACAUUAAAGGCAAGGCAUCAUUGGCGAACUUUUCAUUCUUAGCUGAAGGUUUACAGGUUAACGGUAAGAAAAGAGGGGUUCUGUUUGAGCACUAUGAAGUUCCUGAAAAAAGUGUUGUAAAGAAUGUAACUGGUGCGGGCGACACAUUACUUGGUGUGUUGUCAAAUGAAAUAUGUUUUAAAGGCGAUAUAUUUGACGCGGAACCCCUCCAGAGGUAUGAGUGCACUAGACGUGCACAAUUAGGGGCCAAGCUAACAGUUGAAGAUUGUGGGGCAGUCAGUGAAAAUUUGGCGAGACUCCCGUAA